GGCUCCUCACAUGGGAGGAGUAUGGGAGCGUCUCGUUCGGUCGGUUAAGGAGGCAUUCGUGGCGCUUGAUGAUGGGAGACGGUUGACGGACGAAAUUUUGCAGACAGUAGUGGUGGAAGCGGAAGACAUGAUCAAUUCUCGCCCGCUAACGUACGUGUCUCAAGAGUGUGACGAAGCGGAGGCACUCACUCCAAACCACUUUUUGCGGGGACUCUCCCCAAAUCAGCCUAGCGUGAAUCUUCCCCCACCUCAUCCAGCAGCAGCACUUCGAGACGCGUUCCAACGAUCGCAGCAGUUGGCCAGCAUUUUGUGGGAACGUUGGGUCAAGGAGUACAUUCCUUCGCUGAACCAGAGGACAAAGUGGUUUGGUGAGUCGAGACCAUUAAGAAUAGGAGACUUAGUUUAUGUGGUAGAAGGUAGCAACCGGAAGUGCUGGAUCCGCGGGGUGAUAGAGGAGGUCAUCGUGUCCGGUGAUGGACGAAUUCGGCAGGCCUGGGUACGCACCAACAGUGGACGAUAUAGGCGAGCAACAGCAAAACUAGCCGUGAUGGAGUUUGGUAACUCUGAACCGGAUGCGAGCUCCGGUACAGGGUUACGGGCCGGGGAAUGUUCUGGCAUCACUGGCAGUUGCACCAUUGCACCCGUGUCGAAUUGACAGAUGCAACAAAUUUGUUGUCAUGCUGACAGACGACGAAGUGCAUCACGAAUGUAGUGCGAGGGAACUGUCAGACAACAUAAGUAAACAAACAACAUAAGAAGGAAAGUAGGAUAGAAAAACACCAUUUUGAAAGUGAUAGUAGUAGAAUAGUAAAAUACGUUGGAAUAAGAAAUUAGAAGUUGUGAGCAAGGAAAUUAUUCGGAUAGUGGAUAGAUUAAAGAUUAAGCUGUACUAAGAUCCAGAAUACGUAAGUUUGUGAAACAAUAUAAAGCAGUGAAUUAAAGCAACAAAUUUAUGACUAGAUACGCGGAGGCAAACACUGGACAAAUACGAACGGUACAGUUGAGAUUAUCAAUUCCGAGAUAAAACGAAAUAAAUUGCGAUAGACAGCGAUAGAGGAAGGAAAAGAGGAAGCUGUAAAGUAAGGAGAACAAACAAUUGUGAGUAAGACAAAUAAUCGAUUAUUU